AUGGCCAUUGUGACGCGAUUAAUAAAUGAUAAGGCCGUGGUUAUAUUCAGUAAGCGUUCGUGUUGUAUGUGCCACAGCAUUAAGACGCUGAUAUGCGGCUUUGGGGCUAACCCAACGGUUUAUGAGCUUGAUGAACUCCAAGAAGGUCAAGUACUAGAAAAGGAACUCAAAGCUUUAGGGUGUAAGCCAUGUGUGCCAGUCGUAUAUAUAGGACAUGAGCUGGUUGGUGGAGCCACUGAGAUCAUGAGCCUGCAUCUUCAAGGCAAGCUGGUCCCAAUGCUCAUCAAAGAGAGAGCUAUAUGGCUUUAG